AUGGCUUCUAACCAUUACGACGCACAGGCUUCGACCAACUACAAGGAGGCGUUCUCGCUGUUCGAUACGCGCGGCUGCGGUCGCGUCGUCCUCGAUAAGCUCGGCGAUCUCCUCCGCGCCUGCGGGCAGAAUCCGACUUUGACCGAGAUCCGGGACCUAGAGAAGAGCGUUGGUGGUGAAUUCGACUUUGAGACGUUCCAGCGCAUCCUCAACCGGCCAGGUGGCUUCCGCGAUCCCGGAGAGCCUGAUGAAUACUGUCGCGGCUUUCAGGUGUUCGACAAGGACAUGACAGGCUUCAUCGGCGUCGGCCAGCUUAAAUACAUCCUGACGAACCUGGGCGAGAAGAUGUCGGAAGAGGAGGUGGACGAACUGCUCAAGGCUGUUGAUACCAGCUCUGGGCAGGUGAAUUACAUAGGUAGGUCUUAUUUCCCAGCACAAUGGGACUGGCCGAGAUCGUUUGCUGACGCCUUUGUUCAAACAGAGCUUGUUCGGACGGUCCUUUCCAACUAGACGAUAUGGAGACGGGACAUUAUGAGAGAGGCGCGGCACCUUUCUGAGAGGGAGCCGGUCUACGAGAUGAUGAUCACGGAGGGCAUUGCAUAGGUUGCGUAAUGGGCGACUGGCGUUGGAGUCGUUGUGUGUUCUGGGCUGUAUUGGAACUGGGGCCCCCGGAUUGGUAUUGCUGUUGUGCUAUCCAGGAUUCGGAAUAGGGUACCAAAGGUAGACAUCUAAGGUUGACAGCAAUGGGAAGUCAUUUUACACUAGUAUGGCCAUUGAUAAGUUGUACGAGACUUUUCCCACUUGCCGUUUCCGGGUUAUGCGACGGGCUCCUGGAUUCCUCGGCCUACUAAGACUUGGCAUCACCUCCACUGUCAGUAUUAUUCCGUAGUAUUC